AUGGCACAAAAUGUUCAACUGGACACAUUGUUGAAGCUGUUGAUACUUCUCCUUAUAGCAGUAGCUUGCAUCGGCUUCGAAUGCUGUUUGGGACAGCAAACGCACAUUAAACUGGAGCAAGGUGAUGUCAUGGGGCUGAAGGUCUUUCCGGAUGGCGCACGCACCUCGGUCUACGCCUUUUUGGGUAUUCCCUAUGCCCAGCCACCGGUGGGGGAACUACGCUUUGCGGCCUCAAAGCCACAUCCCGGCUGGAAUAAAACUCUGCAGGCUGUUAGUAUGCAACCUAUCUGUCCACAACUCUCCAACACGGUAUAUGAUGAGAGCCCAGAAAGCAGCCCUGCUCGCACCGAAGCAACGGCCGAAGAUUGUCUAUACCUCAAUAUUUGGACCCCUGAGGCAGGCAUGCGAUAUGGCAAUGUCCCCGUGUUAGUGGUCAUUACGGGCGAGGAGUUCGCUUACGACUGGCCGAGAAGUAACCGAGCCAACGGUCUGGACCUUGCUGCCGAAGGAGUGGUCGUCGUUAGCGUUCAGUAUCGGAGCAACAUCUAUGGCUGGCUAUCAUUGGGAAACAAGGAACUCCCCGGAAACUACGGAUUGAGCGAUAUACAGUUGGCGCUGCGCUGGCUGCAGGGAAAUGUGCAAAGCUUUGGCGGUAAUGUGGAACAGCUAACUUUGCUUGGCCAUGGUAGCAGUGGCGCGCCCUUGACUCUGGCCAGUGUCCUGAUUUCGACACAACCGCUGCCAAAGCAAUUGAUACUUAUGUCGCCGGGUCCUGUUCUUCGUGCGCUAGACACUGGACACGAAACACGCAUUGUAGAAACUUCGCGCAUACUUGUCCAAAAACUGGGCUGCCACUUUGUGGAGCAGUAUCAACAAAUGGUGGCUUGUUUGAGGCGCAAAAGCCACGACGAUUUGCUACGUGCGUAUGAGAGUGUCUACAACCAUGGCAAUGGGAGCCUGCAGCUCGGAGCACUACUACCUGGCGGUUUGGUGUCUAGAAUAGGCAAUGCAACGCAGCUCCCAACAUUGCUGCUAGGCGUUGUCUCAAACGAGGGCGGUUUCAUGCAGGACUACUGGCUGGACUUGGCACGUGAAGGUCCAGAGGCACUGAGACAGUAUAUUAACUACACCGUGCUGCCAAAUGUACUGCGCUCUGUGGAUGCCAAGGCCACUGGAUCCCUUGUAGAGGCCAUAUUUUGGCGAUACUUUAGUGGCGAGGCGAACAAUAACGUCAUACAUAUGCUAUGGGGCAUGCAGCGGUUGCUUUCCGAGGCGCUUUACGAGACGCCCUUUAUGAGAUUGCUACAACUACUCGACAGAUUCAAUGGUAACUACGCCUACAUUUUUGACCACGCACAUUCCAUGGACAUGCGCGGCAAGCGUAAUCUCUUCGGGGGUGCCUCCCAUAGCGCUGACUUACCUCUACUCUUAGGUCCUAGUCUCUUUCAGCAGAUUGCUCGUCGUCGGUUUAAUUCCGAGGAGGAGCAGCUGUGUCGCAAGUUACGCGGAGCCUUCGCAAAUUUUGUGAAGAGUGGCAAUCCGACGCCAGGCCGCAUCUACGACGCUUGGCUUCCAUAUACAAAGCAGCGACCUUUUAUUUACAGCUUGGGUGAAUUGAGUAAGAAGGAUUCAAGUGUGCCUCUGGUGGAUGAGACGCAAAUCGAAGCAAUGUUGCAUGGCGAGCAGACAUCCCAACAGGAUCGCAGUCUUUCACGACCCAAUCGAAACGAGUACAAGGCGCCAAUUUAUUUGCUGGCCAGCAAUAGAAAAGGAAACUCAUAUGUUGCAAACAACCAACUGGACUCAGGAUAUGGGUCACAUCUGAGACGCGUUUAUGGUUUCUGGCACCUGCUGGUACCGACAACAAUGACAGAAAAUGAUGAGGGGUCUUCGAGUGGAAAUGGCGCCUUAGGCCAGCGAGUGCGUCUAAUGGAGGCUAAUGCAGAUGCGGCGCGCUAUCGGCAGGGCUUUUAUGCCAUGUUGGGAUUGGUGUGUCUGCUCUUGGGGUGCUUGUGUAUAUGCGUCUAUUUGUUGCGGCGCGACCCGCUACGCAUUGCAGGAGGAUCUGCAUCAGAGGAGCAUUGCUGUUUAUGA